CGCCCACGUCACCGCGCCGAGCGCACGUCACGCCGGCCCGACGCUCGGCCCAGGGUGAGCCCGCGUCCCGGCGCCGCCGGCCCAGGGCUGCGACCCGCACGGCGGGACCUCCCGGCCGGCGCCGCGUGCCCCGCGCCCGCCCGGAGCCAGAAAAAUCAGCUUCUGUGGAGGGUGCACAGCCAUAGCCUUGAUUUCCUGGAUCUGGUAACAUGGCAAAAGAUGCCGGUCUAAUUGAAGCCAAUGGAGAACUCAAGGUCUUCAUAGAUCAGAACCUGAGUCCUGGGAAAGGUGUGGUGUCCCUGGUAGCCGUCCAUCCGUCCACGGUGAACACGCUUGGGAAGCAGCUCCUGCCCAAAACCUUUGGACAGUCCAAUGUCAACAUCACACAGCAAGUGGUGAUCGGCACACCCCAGCGUCCAGCAGCGUCCAGCACAAUUGUGGUCGGAAGCCCACACACUCCGAGCACACACUUUGUGUCCCAGAGCCAGCCCUCUGAGUCCUCGCCGUGGUCUGCUGGGAAGCGGAACCGGAAGGGCGAGAAGCACGGCAAGGGCCUGCGGCACUUCUCCAUGAAGGUGUGUGAGAAGGUGCAGCGCAAGGGCACCACUUCCUACAACGAGGUGGCCGACGAGCUGGUCGCAGAAUUCAGCGCAGCUGACAACCACAUCCUGCCCAAUGAGUCCGCUUAUGACCAGAAGAACAUCCGGCGACGAGUCUACGAUGCCUUAAACGUGCUGAUGGCCAUGAACAUCAUCUCCAAGGAGAAGAAGGAGAUCAAGUGGAUCGGCCUGCCCACGAACUCGGCUCAGGAGUGCCAGAACCUCGAGGUGGAGAGGCAGCGGCGGCUGGAGAGGAUCAAGCAGAAACAGGCCCAGCUCCAGGAGCUCAUCCUGCAGCAAAUUGCCUUCAAGAACUUGGUGCAGAGAAACCGGCAGGCAGAGCAGCAGGCCCGCCGGCCCCCACCACCCAACUCCGUCAUCCACCUGCCCUUCAUCAUCGUCAACACCAGCAGGAAGACUGUCAUCGACUGCAGCAUCUCCAACGACAAAUUUGAGUACCUGUUCAACUUUGACAACACAUUCGAGAUUCACGAUGACAUCGAGGUGCUGAAGCGGAUGGGCAUGGCCUGCGGCCUGGAGUCUGGCAGCUGCUCCGCCGAGGACCUCAAGGUGGCGCGGAGUCUGGUGCCCAAAGCUCUGGAGCCCUAUGUGACAGAAAUGGCUCAGGGGUCCAUCGGAAGUGUGUUCCUCACAGCGGCAGGCUCUGCGUCCAACGGCACGAGGCUGUCUGCCAGCGACCUGAGCAACGGAGCAGAGGGGACACUGGCCACCAGCUCCAACGGGUCUCAGUACAGUGGCUCUCGGGUGGAGACGCCUGUGUCCUACGUCGGGGAGGACGAUGAGGAUGACGACGACUUCAAUGAGAAUGACGAGGACGACUGACACUGGAUGCCGUCUCCCUUCCUCUGUUCAGCUUCAGGAAUAAUUGUUUAGAAGAGAAACUUUUUAAUAUGAGUUUUUCUUUCUUUUUGGCCUUCCUCGAGAAGGCCCGGUGAGCUGUGGGUUUAGACGCACACCUCCGAUAAGCAAGGACUAUUCCGCACGGUUUGGAGACGUGCGUGCGUGCGUGCGUGCGUGCGUGCGUGUGUGUGUGUGUGUGUGUGUGUGUGUAUGCGUGUGCAUGUGUGGUGCCAGUGUGCUGAUGCAGAGCCUCUAUUUACCUUUUUUUUUCUACUUUGCCUUUAGUUCAGAGUUCAUUUCUGUCCCUCAGCAGUGCUUGCUGGGUUUCUCACAUUGUACUUCACCCAUGCCAGUGACCAUAACAAAAUGCUGCGCUGUCCUGUAGGACCCAGGUCUCGCGUCCUGUUUGCCGUGUGCUGGGUGGUGCCCCCUCUGGCGGACAGUGGGACUCCAUUGUGAAUCUUCCCUCUUAAAAUCACAUGGGAGCGGAAGAACCAAGCAGAUAGCAAACCUCUACUUUUAAAAUAUUGAGCACCAUAAAUUUUAUUAUGAUUUUGCUUUUCCUUAAAUUAUGUUAAUGUUGCAAACCCAUCAUACCUGCACACUUUUUCUGUUGUACCAACUAAUUGAGACUUGCUUUGUUUUUGUUUGGUAGAAGUUUUCUGCCGCGCUGGAGCAGCUGUGGAGUGUGUGGAAGGGUUAUUGCUUAUGAUAAAAUUUGCCUGAUUUCUUACAGGCCGCGUUUGGAAACUUUUUAUUAUAUAGUUGUUUACAUACUUAAGUCUAUCAUUUAAAGACAUGUACUGAAACAAAUGUUGUAUUUGUUUCCUAAGCAUCUUCAUGUAAUCUAUUAUAAAGUUGAAAUUAAACAUAGAGAAUGUUUUAACAGUUUUUUAACUCAAAAUUUGUCAAUCAUUUUUAAUAGUUCUUUUUUUAUAAAAAGAAAAGAAUUUAAGGACAGGCAGUAGUCUCUUUUAAAAUUUAUUCACAAAAAAACCGUUAACUGCACAGUUGCUGUUAGCUGCCUGUUCUGAAACAAUAGUCUUUUUAUUGAAACACAAAUAAACUUUUCUGUAAUAUUUUAUGGAAUAUAAAGAGACUUUAAUUGUUUGACUUUAACUUGGCACUGUUAGUUUUUAUUAAUAAAACGCGCAUGGGCAUUUUAAACAA